AUGCCUGCGACCGUGCUGAUGCGCUACGUGCGCGCGACGUGCGCCGCUGCCGUGGUCCUCCAAGCCGCCGUGUCGGCCCAGACGGUGACGCCGUCCAAUGCGACGGACCAGCUCGCCCUCAGCACCCAGCUCGCCCUCUCCGUCGCCCGCGGCACCGUCGAAGGCGAGCCCGUCGCCCAAGUCGUCCCGCUCACGGCCCGCGCGGCUGACGGCCUUGACGCCUCCACCGGCCAGCUGUUCCAGCUGUUCUACGCCACCGACUCCUCCGCCCAGCGUCUCAACGAGUCCAACAUUGCCUACAUCGAUUGCGACCCCGACGCCUACCGUGGAAAUCUGCAGGCCAGCAACGUCCUCAACACCGCAGCCGAGCGUGGCGCCGCCGCGGCGCUGUUCUUCAGCAAAUCUGCCCGCUCCUGCAACGUCACCGGUGCCAGCGACAACUUUCCCUACCUGUAUUCCAUGGUCAAUGCGACCGCCUCGCAGAGCCUUCUUGACGACUUGAUCGCAACCACAAGCCAAGGCGGCCAGGUCUACUUUGCCACCAUCCGCUCCACCGCAGACGAUUCUUCCGCCGGGAACGACACCAUGAGCGCUAGCGACGAUGCCGGUUCCGACCAGGGCUCGAGCAGCAACCCGCUGGGCCCCUCGCCGUCUACCGCCGUGGCCAUGAUCAUCCUGUACAGUAUCACUGGCGUCAUCACGGCGCUUUUCCUUGUAAUCAUCAUCACUGGAGCGUUGCGGGCACAUCGCCACCCAGAAAGAUAUGGCCCAGGUGUGGUGCUCAAUGGCGGAAGAGGAGGAUCGCGGCAGACUCGCGUGCGCGGAAUCGCCCGGGCAAUGUUGGACACCCUUCCUGUCGUCAAGUUCGGGGACAACACCAAUCAGCAGCAUCCCCCCAAGCCAACGGAUGUGGAGAUGGGCGACACAACAGCGCGGAACAGCGCGGAGGACGUUCAGCGGACGAGAGACGGGCAGCAGCAGUCCGAGACAUCCGGAGCAACCGGCGGGGCGGGAAUGGCUGCUGCGGAUGGCAGGAGCUCGCACGAAGGGGCUCCGCACUCAGCCACUGCGGGGGCGAGGAACGGCGCUGAGCAGCAGGCUGACUCUACUGAAGCGGGGAUCGCGCCGGCAGCCGCUGGCGGCAGCGCGGAAAACCUGGCCUCCGAGGGCGACGCGUACACGGGCUGCACGAUUUGCACCGAGGAGUUUGAGCCUGGCCAGGACGUCCGCCUGUUGCCUUGCAACCACAAGUUCCACCCCGAAUGCAUUGACCCAUGGCUGCUCAACGUGAGCGGGACGUGUCCGCUAUGCCGCAUCGAUCUCAACCCCGCGUCGCCCACGGAUGAGCACCACGCCGGCUCCGAGCACCGCCACAACAACAGCGCCAGCACCCGCCGCUCCGCCUCCAUCCUCGCGCCGCCGCUUUCCCCCAUGGACGCCGCCGCCGCCAACAUCCCGCCGUCCCCCCACCACCCCAACCGCCGCAGCGUCUUCCGCGACCUCCUGCACCUCCGCGGCCACGACGCCACCUCCACCAGCGAGGAGCGCCUCGCCGUGGCCAGGCGCAUGGCCAUCGACCGCAACUCGCGCGACGCCAACAUGGUCGCUGCUCCCGGCGAGGGCGCCAACGAGCGCCGCAGGAGCAGGCGCUUGAGCGCCAUCUUCAGACCCGGCAGGCACGGUGUUGCGCCGGCGGGUGAGGAAGAGGCGCCCGCGCCGGUGUACGAGAGGCCUUCCACCCGGGACGGCGGUGCGGCGGCGAGGUAA